AAAGUUUAACUAGAAAAGUCAACAUGUCCAAAUCAAUACUGUUCCACUGUUUCACUAUUGCAUAAGAGUGUUACAAGCCAACAAAGCAAAGAUGAGACCUCUGGUUUUAUUAACCAUUUUAAUUGCGUUUCAUUGCGUUCUGAGAAAUUGUUUCUGCACAUCGGAACAAGACAAAGUUUUGUCCAUUACAGCUGUAACUCAGGAGCAAGUGAACCUAUUGCAGAACAUAUCCAGCCAUAAUGAGACGGUGUUAUGGCAGCCGGCGUCUCCCAGCCACAUCACAGCCAACACACCUGUCCAUCUGUACGUCCAAUCCAGCAGCUUGGCACGAGUUACUGAGCAGCUACAAACACAUGGAUUCCUCUUCCGCGUUCUCUUGGAGAACACACAACGCCUGAUCCAGGAGCAGACCCGAAAUGACACCACAGACCCCAAGAGCAGUGGGACUAAUGAAAGAUAUCACUCUUUAGAGGAUAUUUAUCAUUUCCUCAAUAAAACGAGCGAAGAUUACCCUGACAUGACCAAACUCAUUCUGAUCGGCUCAUCGUUCGAGAAAAAUCCACUUUUUGUCUUAAAGCUGUCAGGAAGACGAGGUCCAGUGGAUAAAGCCAUGUGGAUGGAUUGUGGGAUUCAUGCUCGAGAGUGGAUAUCACCUGCUUUUUGCCUUUGGUUCAUCAAAUUUGCUCUGACAUUUUACAAGGAAAACCCUGAUAUCACCACAAUGCUGGACAAGUUGGACAUCUACAUCUUACCCAUCAUGAAUCCUGAUGGAUACAAGUACACAUGGACAACAAACCGCAUGUGGAGGAAGAACCGGGCAAGUAGAGAUGACAGUUUGUGCGUCGGAGUCGACUUGAACAGAAACUUUGAUGCCAACUGGUGCACGAAGGGAGCGUCCAGCAAUCCCUGUUCUGAUAUUUACUGCGGCCAGUAUCCGGAGUCUGAGCCUGAGGUGCAAGCUGUGACCAAGUUCUUGCGUUCCCACAAGGAUGUGGUCAAACUUUAUUUCUCCAUUCAUUCUUACUCACAGAUGCUGCUCUUUCCGUACUCCUACACCCACGAGCAGAUCCCAAACCACAAUGAGCUGUACGAUCUUGUCCAAGAGGCAUCCUCAAAAAUACGUCGCCAUUACAGAAACCAAUAUCGCUUCGGUUCUGGAGCAAAAACAAUAUAUAUAGCUCCUGGGGGAUCAGAUGACUGGGCCUAUGAUCAGGGCAUUAAAUACUCGUUUACUUUUGAGUUGCAAGACCGUGGGCAGUACGGCUUCCUCCUUCCUCCCAACCUGAUCACAAGUGCCUGCAAUGAAGCCUUUGCAGCGGUCAAGACCAUUGUUCUGCGUGUCCUGGUGAAACUUCAAUGAAUCUAUGCUUUAACCUUUAUUCUACAUAUAUGAUGUUCUCACUGCCCUCCAUAGUUUCAUGUUAUUUCUAUUCUUAUCACACUUGAUAUGUAGACUCUGUUUGAUGGAAAUGUAUGAAAUUGUGCUGUGCAUUGAGUCACCAAGUUCCAAUACUGCUUUUAUUAAACUCUCUCAUACUCUCA